AUGCACUGUCAGCUUCCGUCGAUUUGCGGUUACGGUAGACCCCACUGUAUCUACGAACAAAACCAAGACAACUGCGGCGGAGUCGAGAAUUUUGUCGCAAAAGUCGAGCAGCUCGGCGUGGAUCAACCCGUAGCCCACACUUGUUGCCGACUGUCCGAGCCAAUCGCCACGCAUCUGGAGAACGACUGUUUCAUCUACGAGCUACCGGACGGGACGACGACGGCUGCCGGAAGUGAGGAGGAGAAGCUCGAAGAAAAAUCACAAAAAUCAAAUCUGACGGUCGUCCGGAGUCUCGACGAGCUCUCCAAGGAGUUCACGGGCGACGCGAAAAAUCAGGAUGCCGGCUCGAAGACCUUCCAAUUUCAUUUCUACUCGCUUACCGAGAAAAGCCCACCCGUACUUCUUGUCAAGGCUAUACAACGCUACAGUCUGGGCUACCGGGUGACGAUAUGCCGGGCCAGAUGCCUGAAUCGAGCGUCGGAAGCGGAGGCAGAUUCGUUAGCGGCAGCCGCUUGGCGUGGCUUUGAAUGGGGCAGAUGGUCGAAGAAGUUAUGGCAAAAGAUGGUGGUCGCCACAAAUCAUAUCGAGAUCAAAGCCAAUGAAAAAUCGGGGCCUGCAAAUAGUACUGAUGCGGAAAGUUCUGGAAAAUCGGCUUCGGAAGCUUGGAGUGAUGGUGGCAAGGGUACUGUAGAGGAAGACGGAAGUGGUACUCAAGCGGACGGCUCGACAACCAAGCCACUGAAACCGGAAAAGCCGGAGAAGCGCAAUGAUCGGCACCCACCCUUUCCACCGAUUGAUGGGGACACGCCGAGUAAGAAUUCUGAAGCCAGCCAAGCCAAAAUUCCGCGGACUCCAAAUUCCGUAGCUAAAUUUGAUGAACCCGAAGUUGAAGCUAAACCAGCGAAGGCGAAUAUCGAUGAACUCAGCCGAGAAAAUCUCGAAAAGUCGUCUGCAGCUUCUGCCGAAUCCGGAAAUCAAGUCCCGCCCGAGAGAUUGGAAGUGCCUAGAAAUUCGUCUGAAGCUUCGGAAGAAUCUGAAAAUGAAGUCAGUUCCGUCGAAGUCAAAACCGAAGCCAGUGAAGAAAAGCUGGGCUAUAGAGAUUCUGCAGAGCCUGACGAUACGGGUGAUUCGGAGAGCAUUCCGGAAGCGGAAGGACUGUCUGAAGAAGAUGACGUCAAGACUGACGACGCUGAUUCUGAAGUCAAAAUCGCUUCUCCGGUUCCUCCGGAAGCUAGUGAAGAAGGAGAAGGAGCUGGAGGAGCUGGAGAAGCUGCUUCUGAUGAGAAUUCUGAGGCAGGAGGGGAUUCAGAAGACGUUGAGGAUGAUGAAACUGAUCCGGAAAAGUCUGAGAAACUAAGGCCGGCUGGUAAAAAUGAAGUUGUUGAAGCUCCUGGAGCUCCUAAAGCUACCGGAACUUCUUAUGCUACUGGAGCAUCAAGGGCAACUGAAGCAACUGGAGUUCCAAAAGCCAAUGAAACUUCUGAAGCUCCCGAAGUUCCUGCUCAGCUCAAACCUGACCCAAGAAACCUCAUAGACCGAAAAUCUGGAAAUGUCGGAUCCUCGACCACGCAAAAACCAAAAAAUCCGGCAGAUCUGGGCCCAGACCCUGAAAAUUCAAGCGGAAAAGUCACCGGAACGAAACCGGAAGCAACGAAAAAGUCGCUGUCAGACAUUUUGAAGCCAGUCCGACCAAGUGGCAAGCAGAAACUUGAUGUUAACCCUGAAUCUGGACACCUACCUUCAAAUGGAGACAAGAUUUUGAGGCCGAGUGACGAGGACCCUCCGCUUGCACCUAACGACGGGGCAGGAAACGGAAAAACUGGGCGAGCCGCACCAAAUGCUACGAGUUCCAGGCCAAGUGAAAAAACUACAGUAAAUCCGUCAAAUUCGAGCAGUUCAACGCCGGAGCCACGCAUUAAGGGCAGUGUAAAGCCUGAUCAGGCACGUAAGAUGAAAGAUGAAGCUCAGGAGAAUCCGUCGAAGCCGCUGAAUCCAGCUAAGCCAACAGGCUCGGAAUUACCUACGGCUGCAAAUAACGGCAGUCCAGAAGCGGUUCCCGACCGGAAGUUGGCUCCAAACGUUCCGGAAGGCAACCCGGAUCCUUCCGGAGGCCAAAAACUGACAGGAGAUCGGACAGUUGCGGAUCCGGAGGGAAAGUUGAUCCCUGAAAACCCACAAAAACCUGAUCCGGCAGAUCCGGAAGGUGGCCGCCUACCUAUCAUUGACCCAAGCGAUCCCAAGACUGACUAUAAAGGCGAAAAAUCUGUUCCGGAAGGUGACACUGAAACAAGAGCAAGACCGGGGCCAGGAGGUCUUCAGGGCUCGGGAAAACCACUAGAACCUCUUCCGGAAAACCUUAAAUCUGGAUUAUUUUCGAAAAACGAUAAAAGCAAGAGAAACCGGAACGAUCCGGAGCCUUCCGGAAGCAUUAAUGGUACAAAGAACGAGGCUCCGGAAACGCAUCCAGUCGACGUCGUCUCAGGACACUCGAAAAACGUGCACAAACCGAUUAUCGAGCGAAGGGGAUGGCUGCCGGAUAUUCAAGGAAACAGCAAGAGACUGCCGGGGGAGGGUACGGUAGAUGGGGCGCAUGAUAGGAAGGAGAAAGGUGGAGGAGAAGCUCACGGAAAUCUUGGUCAAGCUAAAGCCAUGGGCUCGGAAUUGGAUCCCAAACAUGAAAAACGCGCAGCCGAAAAGAUUACGGUAGAUCUGGGCACUAAUGGAACGCUUCAAAACUCGAAAAAUCCUGGAAUUCCGGAUUCCGGAAACGCCAUGAAGCCGUCGAAAAUCGAGAAAACGGAUAAAACCGAUCUGUUAGGAUCUGGAAAUUUAUCAGGAAAUGCCAAAAAUGACAAAAAUUGGAUAAAUCACGACCGUGAAGCUGGUGGAUCCGGAAAAGGUACCGGAUCAAGCUCAGAAAAUGGAACUCAUGGGGCCGGAACCAAAGCCGAAAAUGGGCAAAACGGCAUAAAGAAUGAAAUCGGAGUUUCCAACAAAGAUUCCUAUGAAGACCUGGGCAGUAAAGAGAAAGACUACGGAAUUGAUGAUGGGACGGAGGAUGAGGGCGAGAAAGUACCUGGAGAUCCGGAAGAGGAUCCGGAUACGGUAGAAUCGAGGCACCAGAAUUCAACCAAAGCUGACAAAAUGGAUUCUGGCGAAGACUUCAGCGUUGAGAAUGCGUUUGACGACAAGGGACGGCCGAGUCUGGCGCUUCUGGAGGGGGAUCUGGAUGGAGCAAACGACCCACCCGAAGCCCUAGACUAUGGCGAAGACGCAUCCCAUCACGUUGCGAAUGCCGCACCCAUUCAGAAAGAAGCCGUGCGCCCUGUACAACUUCCGGACGUCCCACCGGAUCCGGAAGCCAUCGCGAACCGGAAUUACGUGCGGGAGGACGCGCGGUUUGAUGCGAAUACACGGAUUAUUGAUGCGCAGGAGGCACAGGCAGAAGCCGACGAGAAAGCCGCUGCUGCCCAGCGGGCCAGGCGAAACUGCUUUUCGGGAGAUCUUCUUGUUCCGACACCAUACGGGAACAGGAGAAUGGACGAGCUGCAGAUCGGAGAUAGGAUCCUGGUCCCGAUCGCGCCGGGUGUCUCUCAGUUCGAGAUGAUCGAAAUGUUCUACCAUAGAGAUCCUGAGAAGGAGACCAUGUUUUUGAAGAUCAAAACAAGGGAAAGGUCGAUUAGUGUGACGCCAAAGCAUCUGAUCCCGGCUGGAAAUUGUGGCGACUUGAACGAGACGCUGACGACUGAGGGGGAUGUGCAAAAGCUUCUUCGUUCCUCCAUUUUCGCCCGUAACCUAAAACCCGGGAUGUGUCUGGUUACGGUAGAUGAUUAUGGUCAACUCGUUUUACAAGAAAUUCACGAGAUUUCUCGUCAGUAUUCACGCGGUAUCUACGCCCCGGUGACGGUCAGUGGGUCGAUAGUGGCCAAUGGGAUCUUGGCUUCGUGUUUUGCGGAGGUGGAAUCACAUACGAUGCAGAAGCUGCUCUACGAUUUUGUUAGCAUGGUUUAUCGAUAUUUUGGGAUGAGUGGCUUUUCAACAGACCACAUCCCCAUCCCGGCUCUACUCGAUGUCCUACAGUACCUCGGCCAGCUCACAGUCCCGUUUAUCCACCCC